AGACAAUACGACAGGGAAUGUGUGAGGCUGGCUGUAAGGACAAAUGCAGAUUUUGCUGUCUGCCUUGCCUCACUAAGGCUCUCGUCUAUCCUGGUCAUUCGUUCCAGGGGAAGAAUGACACCAGCUUUUCUGAGCUAAUCGUCCCUCUUUGAGCAGCCCAGUUUUCAGGGGGGUGGGGAGAGAGAAAGAGGGAGAGAGAGAGAGAGAGAGAGAGAGAGAGAGAGAGAGAGAGAGAGAAGCUCCGUGAUCUUCAUGCAAACUACCAGCCUGCCUGCUGCCAGCACUUGCUACUCCUGCCAGGGAUGACAUUCAGGAUACGGCGCUGGUUCCACAUUAUGUAAGGCAGUCUAGGUCAAGUGUAGGAGAGAGUCUACUGGCCUGAACAAGCUAGUGGGCUUCCUGCUUCAGCUUAAUGCUUCAUGGGGGCAUGGAAGUUGGAUUAUGACCUUUUGCUGCAUCUACUUGGCUGCCUCAUGUGUGAGAGAUAAAGGAUUCGGAGCCCACAAAUGUUCCAAUGUAUGAAGUACUUCCUUAUGCAGGAGAAUAAAUGGUAAUUAAAAUGAGCAGGAUGAAAAGAUGGAGCAGCCAGUGCUUGUACCACCAGGACCUGACAGCUUCCACUACUUCACUAGAGAGUCUCUUGCAGCUAUUGAGCAACGCAUUGCUGCAGAGAAGGCUAAGCAGUCCAAACAAGACCGUAAAGACGACGACGAAAAUGGCCCAAAGCCCAGUAGUGACUUGGAGGCUGGAAAAUCACUGCCAUUUAUUUAUGGAGACAUACCUCCUGGCAUGGUGGCUACUCCCUUGGAAGACCUGGACCCAUUUUAUCUUAACCAAAAAACUUUUAUAGUAUUGAAUAGAGGAAAGGCAAUUUUCCGAUUCAGUGCCACUCCUGCCCUAUACAUUUUAACUCCUUUCAACCCUAUUAGAAAAAUAUCUAUUAAGAUUUUGGUACAUUCAUUAUUCAGCAUGCUCAUUAUGUGCACUAUUUUGACCAACUGCGUAUUUAUGACUCUAAGUAACCCUCCUGAUUGGACAAAGAAUGUAGAGUAUACAUUCACAGGAAUAUAUACAUUUGAAUCACUUAUAAAAAUACUUGCAAGAGGAUUUUGUAUAGAUGGUUUCACCUUUCUUCGGGAUCCCUGGAACUGGCUGGAUUUCACUGUCAUUACAUUUGCAUAUGUGACAGAGUUUGUGGACCUGGGCAAUGUCUCAGCGUUGAGAACAUUCAGGGUUCUCCGGGCAUUGAAAACAAUAUCAGUCAUCCCAGGCCUGAAGACAAUUGUGGGAGCCCUCAUUCAGUCUGUGAAGAAGCUGUCAGAUGUAAUGAUUCUGACUGUAUUUUGUCUGAGUGUAUUUGCUCUAAUAGGGCUCCAGCUGUUCAUGGGCAACUUGAGGCAUAAAUGCUUGUAUUGGAAUCCGGCCAAUGCUACAAAUUCAAGUGAUCCUUACCUUAAUAGCACAUUAGAAGAAAAUCUAGGAGAAAAUGGUACAUUUAAUAGCACGCCGUUUGACUGGAAUGCAUACAUACAAGAAGAAAGUCAUUUUUACUUUCUGGAAGGACAAAAUGAUGCAUUGCUUUGUGGCAACAGUUCUGAUGCAGGUCAAUGUCCGGAAGGAUACGUGUGUAUAAAAGCUGGUAGAAACCCAAACUAUGGCUAUACAAGCUUUGAUACGUUUAGCUGGGCCUUCCUGUCUCUCUUUCGACUGAUGACUCAGGACUUCUGGGAAAACCUUUAUCAGCUGACAUUGCGAGCCGCCGGCAAAACGUACAUGAUCUUUUUUGUCCUGGUGAUAUUCCUGGGCUCUUUCUACCUGAUCAACUUGAUCUUGGCUGUUGUUGCCAUGGCCUAUGAUGAGCAGAACCAAGCCACCAUGGAAGAAGCAGAGCAGAAGGAGGCCGAGUUCCAGCAGAUGCUGGAACAGCUGAAAAAGCAACAAGAAGCAGCUCAGGCAGCGGCGACAGCAGCAGCGACGGCAUCGGCUGAGUCGAAGGAUCCCAGCGCAGGUGGCGGCGUAGGGGGGCUUUCUGAAAGUUCUUCUGAAGCGUCCAAGUUGAGUUCAAAGAGCGCCAAAGAGAGGAGAAACAGAAGGAAGAAAAGAAAACAAAGGGAACAAUCUGGAGGAGAAGAAAAGGACGAAGAUGAGUUUCAUAGAUCUGAAUCAGAAGAUAGCAUCAGGAGAAAAGGUUGCCGGUUCUCUAUAGAAGGGAACAGGCUAACACUAGAACGGAAACACUCUUCUCCCCACCAGUCUUUGCUGAGCAUGCGUGGCUCCCUGUUUUCCCCAAGGCGCAACAGCAGAACGAGCCUUUUCAGCUUCAGAGGUAGAGCAAAGGAUAUAGGAUCAGAGAAUGACUUUGCUGAUGAUGAACACAGCACAUUUGAAGAUAAUGAUAGCAGAAGAGAUUCCCUUUUUGUGCCGCGCAGACAUGGUGAACGGCGCAACAGUAACAUUAGUCAGGCCAGUAGGUCAUCCAGGAUGCUGGCAGUGUUUCCAGUGAAUGGGAAGAUGCACAGCACUGUGGAUUGCAAUGGGGUGGUUUCCUUGGUUGGUGGACCAUCUGUUCCUACAUCGCCUGUUGGACAGCUUCUGCCAGAGGUGAUAAUAGAUAAACCAGCUACUGAUGACAAUGCCACAACCACAGAGACGGAAAUGAAAAAAAGAAGAUCAAGUUCUUUUCACGUUUCUAUGGAUUUUUUGGAAGACCCUACUCUAAGAGAGAGAGCAAUGAGUAUAGCUAGCAUAAUCACAAACACCAUGGAAGAACUUGAAGAGUCACGGCAGAAGUGCCCGCCGUGCUGGUACAAGUUUGCAAACAUUUUCUUGAUCUGGGACUGCUGUCCAUGUUGGCUGAAAGUAAAGCAUUUUGUUAACAUCGUGGUGAUGGAUCCGUUUGUUGAUCUUGCUAUUACAAUUUGCAUUGUUUUAAAUACCCUUUUCAUGGCAAUGGAACAUUACCCAAUGACAGAUGAAUUCAGUAAUGUGCUUUCUGUUGGGAACCUGGUUUUCACUGGAAUUUUCACAGGAGAAAUGUUUCUGAAACUAGUAGCCAUGGAUCCCUAUUAUUACUUCCAAGAAGGCUGGAACAUUUUUGAUGGCUUUAUUGUCACCCUUAGUUUAGUUGAGCUUGGCCUGGCAGACGUGGAAGGACUGUCAGUUCUUCGGUCUUUCAGAUUGCUCCGGGUUUUCAAAUUGGCAAAAUCCUGGCCGACGCUAAAUAUGCUGAUCAAAAUUAUCGGCAACUCUGUGGGAGCUUUGGGAAAUCUGACCUUGGUCCUGGCCAUCAUUGUCUUCAUUUUUGCCGUGGUGGGCAUGCAGCUGUUCGGCAAAAGCUACAAGGAAUGUGUGUGCAAGAUUGCAAAGGACUGUGAGCUUCCGCGCUGGCACAUGAACGACUUUUUCCACUCUUUCUUGAUCGUGUUCCGAGUCCUUUGCGGAGAAUGGAUAGAAACCAUGUGGGACUGUAUGGAAGUUGCAGGUCAAGCCAUGUGCCUUACAGUAUUCAUGAUGGUUAUGGUGAUUGGAAAUUUAGUGGUACUGAAUCUAUUUUUGGCAUUGCUGCUGAGCUCAUUUAGUGCAGACAACCUUGCUGCCACAGAUGAUGACAACGAAAUGAACAAUCUCCAGAUUGCUGUGGCAAGAAUAGAUAGAGGAGUAGACUACAUGAAAAGAAAAAUCCGAGAAUUCAUCCAAAGGUCCUUCGUUAAAAAGCAAAAAGCUUUGGACGAAAUCAAGCCCCUUGAGGAGCUAAAUAAGAACAGCUGCAUUUCUAACCAUACUAUUGAAAUUGGUAAAGAUCUGGAUUAUCUUAGGGAUGUGAAUGGAACCACAAGCGGCAUAGGGACAGGGAGCAGUGUGGAAAAAUACAUCAUUGAUGAAAGUGAUUACAUGUCAUUCAUAAAUAACCCAAGCCUGACUGUGACUGUGCCAAUAGCUCUUGGAGAAUCCGAUUUUGAAAAUUUAAAUACAGAGGAGUUCAGCAGUGAAUCAGAUUUGGAAGAAAGCAAAGAGAAGCUAAAUUCUUCUAGCUCAUCCGAAGGAAGCACUGUUGAUAUUGGACUUCCUGCCGAAGAACAACCGGAAGUAGAACCCGAGGAAGCAGCUGAACCUGAAGCUUGCUUUACAGAAGGUUGUGUGAGAAGGUUCAAGUGCUGUGAUGUUAGUGUAGAAGACGGGAGAGGAAAACAAUGGUGGAAUCUUAGAAAAACCUGUUUCCGAAUUGUUGAGCACAACUGGUUUGAAACCUUCAUUGUCUUUAUGAUUCUUCUUAGCAGUGGUGCGCUGGCCUUUGAAGACAUAUACAUUGAACAGAGGAAGACUAUAAAGAUCAUUCUAGAAUACGCUGACAAGGUCUUCACCUACAUCUUCAUUCUCGAGAUGCUUCUGAAGUGGGUAGCAUAUGGAUAUCAAACAUACUUCACUAAUGCCUGGUGUUGGCUAGAUUUCCUGAUUGUUGAUGUAUCAUUGGUUAGCUUAACAGCAAAUGCACUGGGUUACUCAGAACUUGGAGCCAUCAAAUCCCUUAGGACACUGAGAGCUCUGAGACCUUUACGGGCCUUGUCAAGAUUUGAAGGGAUGAGGGUGGUUGUGAAUGCCCUUCUAGGAGCGAUUCCAUCCAUCAUGAACGUGCUUCUCGUUUGUCUUAUAUUCUGGCUAAUUUUCAGCAUCAUGGGAGUAAACUUGUUUGCUGGCAAGUUCUACCACUGCAUUAAUACCACAACUGGUGACAUGUUCACAAUCGAAGAAGUUUUCAAUAAGAGUCAGUGUGAGGAGCUCAUACAAAGAAAUGAAUCCGCCAGAUGGAAAAACGUGAAAGUUAACUUUGAUAAUGUGGGAUUUGGGUAUCUUUCUUUACUGCAAGUAGCUACAUUUAAAGGAUGGAUGGACAUUAUGUAUGCAGCGAUUGAUUCAAGAAAUGUACUACAGCAGCCUAAGUAUGAAGACAACCUUUAUAUGUACCUUUACUUUGUUAUCUUCAUAAUCUUUGGGUCAUUCUUCACCCUGAAUCUAUUCAUUGGCGUCAUCAUUGAUAACUUCAAUCAGCAAAAAAAGAAGUUUGGAGGUCAAGAUAUCUUUAUGACAGAAGAACAGAAAAAGUACUACAAUGCAAUGAAAAAGUUGGGGUCUAAAAAGCCUCAAAAGCCUAUUCCUAGACCAGGGAACAAAUAUCAAGGCAUGGUCUUUGAUUUUGUGACAAGACAAGUAUUUGACAUCAGUAUUAUGAUUCUCAUCUGCCUUAAUAUGAUCACCAUGAUGGUCGAAACAGAUGACCAAAGUAAAGAAAUGGAAGAUAUUCUGUACCGGAUUAAUCUGAUUUUCAUAGUCCUUUUCACUGGAGAAUGUGUCUUGAAACUAAUUUCCCUGCGCUAUUAUUAUUUCACCAUUGGAUGGAACAUUUUUGAUUUUGUGGUUGUCAUCCUCUCCAUUGUAGGUAUGUUCCUAGCAGAGAUUAUUGAAAAAUACUUCGUCUCACCCACCUUGUUCCGAGUGAUCCGACUUGCCAGGAUAGGUCGAAUCCUGCGUCUCAUCAAGGGUGCUAAAGGGAUCCGCACUCUGCUUUUUGCCUUGAUGAUGUCUCUCCCUGCCUUGUUCAACAUCGGUCUUCUCCUUUUCCUGGUCAUGUUCAUCUAUGCUAUAUUUGGAAUGUCCAACUUUGCCUACGUUAAGAGAGAAGUGGGCAUUGAUGACAUGUUCAACUUUGAAACUUUUGGCAACAGCAUGAUCUGCCUCUUCAUGAUCACCACCUCUGCUGGCUGGGAUGGCUUGCUAGCUCCCAUUCUCAACAGUGGGCCGCCAGACUGUGACCCUAAAAAAGACCACCCAGGAAGUUCAGUGAAAGGAGACUGUGGCAAUCCUUCUGUUGGGAUCUUCUUCUUUGUCAGCUAUAUCAUCAUAUCAUUUUUAGUUGUAGUAAACAUGUACAUCGCUGUCAUUCUGGAGAACUUUGGUGUGGCGACCGAAGAAAGUGCUGAGCCUUUGAGCGAGGAUGACUUUGAGAUGUUCUAUGAAGUCUGGGAAAAGUUUGACCCAGAUGCAACCCAGUUUAUGGAAUUUGAAAAACUCUCGGAGUUUGCAGCUGCUCUGGAACCUCCUCUUCAUUUACCAAAACCCAACAAGGUUCAGCUUAUUGCGAUGGAUCUACCCAUGGUAAGUGGUGACAGAAUUCACUGCCUUGACAUCUUGUUUGCUUUUACGAAGCGCGUCCUCGGGGAGAGUGGAGAGAUGGAUGCUCUCCGCAUACAGAUGGAGGACCGCUUUAUGCAAUCCAACCCUUCCAAGGCCUCCUACGAGCCCAUCACAACUACAUUGAAACGUAAACAAGAGGAGUUGUCCGCUGUCAUCAUUCAGCGGGCUUACAGGCGUUAUCGCCUAAGACAGACAAUACACCAAGCUUCCUUUGUAUAUAAUAAAAAUAAAUUAGAAGGAGGAGCAGGCCAACGUCUCAAGGAUGAAAUUCUCAUUGACAAGAUCAAUGAAAACUCUUACACAGAAAAAACAGACCUGACCAUGUCCACCGCUCUUUGUCCACCAUCCUACGACCGCGUAACCAAGCCCAUUGAAGAAAAACAUGAAAAAGAAGGUAAAGAUGUACAGAAGAAAAAGUAAAGCGCCAGUUUAAACAAAAACACAAAACUGAUUGGGUGACAAAUUGUUUACAGCCUGUGUGAGUAAUGUAGUUGUGUCAACAGGACUCCUCUAGGCGGUAUAUGCCAAACAGACAGUUUUUACAAAUAUACUGUAUUCUUUAAGGUCAGUGCCUAUAACAAGACAGAAACCCCUCGUCGUCAAAAUGUGACUAUAUAUAAACUAUGGGAAGCAUGACAGGAGGUUCCUGUUUUCAUUACCAGCUGACACUGCUGAAGAGGAGAGGAAAAAAUGGCUAAUCAGACUGUAGGGACCAGUAAAAGGGGUUGGGGGGGGGAACACUAAUUUGUGUGUGUGUUAAAACAUAGAACACUUAGUACAGUCAGUAAGUAUAUCCAUUUCAACUGCCACAUUUGUCAUCUUUUUACGAAAUCUGUGUUGGUGGAUUCCUUUCCUUUCUUCCUUCCUUCCUUUCUUUCUUUUUACUCACACAUUGUGACUAUUUUUGUAAAUGGGGUUUAUGCUGGGGAAAGGGGGUAAGUACUACUUUGUCGGUAUGAGGACCAGGCGUUCUAUUAUAUGACUCUCUUAUAUGCACACCAAAAUGAUUUGCAUGGGGGCAUGCUGCACUUCUUAUAGAUCAUGCAUGGGGGGAAAACAUUACGUCCACCAAGAGCAACGAGUUUUUAACAACUCUUGUUAAAACUGCGAGGGAAUACUCCGUUCUGAGGUGCUUUAACAAACGUGUUUCAUGUUGUGUUACAUUCGGGCAAGUGUUUAAAUGCCUCUAAAGUCCCCUCAAACUCACCAGAGCAAAACAAGACAGAUUAUUUUUGCACCGGCAAUUAAAUCUCAGCUAGAGCUGGAGUCGGGAGUCGCUGUUUUUAUGUCUGUGUCAAUUAUUUUUCCCUGUAUGGUGUAUUCAAGGCAAUGUGCCCUUAAAAAAGAAAAGAAAAAAAGAAACAACUGAACUGACCAAAAACCCCUUUAUGAAUUUGUUCCGCUUCAUCCUGCAGCAUUGUUUAGCCAUCUUCAGCUCUCAGCCAGGUUGCCAACGUACGUGUUCAAUGAAGAGCCCUCUGUUGUGUAAAUAGUAAUUUUACCUGUGGUGCAUGUUUGAGCAAAUGAAUAACGACCUGAGCACAUUUAUUGCAUCAAAUAUGUACCACAAUAGGUUUAGUGUGCAAGCUUUCAACAGGUAAAAACAAUGUAUUCUGUACCAUUAUAGAUAGUUUGGAUCCUAUCAGUGCAUGUUUAUAUUGCCUAUGCUGCUCUUCCUUCAAGUGUCCAGAAUCUUAAAUAUGGGAAGCCAUACGUCAGAGGUAAAGUGGAAAAAAGUGUUCAACAAGACCUCAUCCCCUCAUAUCAUUAAGCAAUAUUUGCAGCUACUUGAGAGGUUCUUUCUUUCUGUUUGACAUUUUUAAAUUUGAAGUGAAAACCAAUCUGAUGUAUAGCCAGACUGUACAGACAUGUUGCAAACUGCUAAACCUGUUGAAAAUAAUGUGGUUAGAAUUUUAUAAGCAAAUAUAAAUAUUGUAAAAAAAAAAUCAUGUUUGUUUUAUUUUUGAGCAUUAUGUACAUAAAAAUGAGAAAUGAAUUUUAUCUUGAGGUUGACGUUGCAGCCUUUUGGGUUACAUUCUGUCCAUAGCACUUUCUCACGGAAGAACUUCAGAAAAUAAGAAACGAAGAAGAGACGGGUAAUUGUAGCUUUCUGCUUUUUAAAAUUGUAUUUGCAAACAUUUUCAAGGUGCAAUAAUUAAAUUAUUUGUGAAGGAAAGAUUCACAGUUCGCUUGCUUCCAGCAAUUCUUUGCACUUGGAAGAGGAUGCAAUGUUUUUAUUUUAAAUCUCUAGCAGUGCCUGCAUCAGAAAAUGUAGCCUUUUUCUUUCACAGAACCAUGUUCUUUUCCUGUUUUUAUUUACGCAGACUGUGUUUGUUCAUUUGACUCAUGCUUUAAUAGAACUGUUACAAAUAUAUCUUGGGUCCACAGUAUUUUUUCACAGAAAAAAAAAUAGCAGAAUUAUAUAACCAAACACAUCAGGACAUUUUAUGUUUCUUACAUGGGAUAUGUUAAAUAUAGAUUAUUUCUUUUAAUAAACAAUCAACUUAUACUGUAUUGGUGAACUGCAUGCAGGAAAUGCUACUAAUAUCCUAAAUAAUGCUAUACAUCAUUACUAAUGUGCAAAAUAAUAAAGAUUAAUUUUUUAUUGUAA